AUGAUCGGCACUCUAGAGAAGGAUGGUAAUGAGGAUUUUGCAGGUGCUGCAUGGAUAGAAGCACAAGAUGAACGGGAAGAGGGAACAGACUCUGAGCAAGAAGUUGAAGAAGGAAAUACCAGUCCAGCUGAUAGCUCAGAUGAAGAAAGUGAUGCAGACAACUCUGAUGAAGGUGUGUCAUUCAAUCUUGAGUAUGCAUGGCGGCUUUUAAAAGAUGAACCUAAAUGGAUGAGAGCAUCCACCGAAAAUUCUUCAAAGAGAACAAAGAAUUCUACUAACAGUACAUACACAGCAUCGCCAAACUCAAAAAUACCUUCAAGUUAUGAGUUUAACUCAUCAUCUCCAAUGGAGCGUCCAAUGGGACAAAAGGCGGCAAAACGAAAAGGUAAGACAAAGGAAAAUGCAAAUGCAACUGAACCUCCUUCUUGUGUUAUUUCUGAUACAAUUAAUAAAAGAAUGGAAGUAAUGGAAAACCUAGCACGACUUAAGGAGGAAGAAAACAAAUUAGUCAAGGAAAAGAUUGAGUUUGAAGCACAACUUAAGGAGGAGAAAAACAAAUUAGUUAAGGAAAAGAUGGAGUUUGAAGCAAUGCAAUUCAUAAUGUCAGACACUUCUAAGAUGAACGAUAGUCAACGUGAAUUUCAUGAAAAACGUUGUAAUAACCUAAAAGAAAAAUAUGGAUGGUAA